CACCAAACCAAAAAGAGCUUUUUUUUUGGAGAAAAUAACAGAAGGUGAAUUCUUCGCCAACUUCGUCGUUAUUGUUGGUUUCAUUCAGUAGCGGUCCUUUCGAAGCUUCAAUCACACUCACUCUGUUACUGUGUCCCGCUGAAAUUGCCAAACCGAUUGCAACAUACAUACAGAGCAACCCACAAAGUUAGAAGAUUGCUCGGGGAACCCCAUAGGAUUCUCUAUUCAGUGAGUGAGGUGUUGAGUCAUAUAGUAUGGAGGCGUCUUCUUUUGUCAUUAAGGGAAACACUUUAAGGGUUCAAAAGCCAAGCGUGUUUACUAGUAGAACUACUGUGAGGUCAAGAACCGUAUGCAUGACGAAUAUGAGGAACUGCUUCGGUUUAGGGGUUGGUCCGCUCACGAUGGAAGCUGAACUGACAAGAGGUGUCCGCGGCAUCUUUGGCUCAUCGGCGAAACCCAGAUUCAUCAGGGUUCAGGCUUCCGAUGGAGAUAUUGAGAAUGUUGUUACAAAUCCUCAGGGGAAAUCUUCUGGAACUGUUUUACCAUAUGUUGGGGUUGCUUGUCUUGGAGCGAUGUUGUUUGGUUAUCAUCUAGGGGUGGUAAAUGGUGCUCUUGAGUACUUAGCCAAAGAUCUUGGAAUCGCUGAAAACACUGCAUUACAAGGAUGGAUUGUCAGCACGCUACUUGCUGGUGCCACUGUUGGUUCUUUUACGGGUGGAACAUUGGCUGACAAAUUUGGCAGAACUAGGACUUUUCAGUUAGAUGCAAUCCCUCUAACAAUUGGAGCAUUUCUUUGUGCUACGGCCCAGAGUGUUCAGACAAUGAUCAUUGGCCGCUUGCUUGCUGGUAUAGGAAUUGGUGUUACAUCUGCUAUUGUGCCACUAUACAUAUCUGAGAUUUCACCAACUGAAAUCCGUGGUGCACUUGGAUCUAUUAAUCAACUUUUUAUAUGUAUUGGGAUUCUUGCAGCACUGGUGGCUGGAUUGCCUCUUGCUGGAAAUCCCAUCUGGUGGAGGACAAUGUUUGGCAUUGCAGCAGUUCCAUCUAUUCUGUUGGCACUAGGAAUGGGAUUUUCUCCAGAGAGUCCUCGUUGGCUGUUUCAGCAAGGAAAACUUGCUGAAUCUGAAAAAGCUGUUGAAACACUAUAUGGAAAAGAAAGAGUUCCUGUGGUUAUGCGUGACCUAGCAACUGGAAGUCAAGGUUCUUCUGAACCUGAAGCAGGAUGGUUUGAUCUCUUUUCUAGCCGAUAUUGGAAAGUUGUCAGUGUUGGGGCAGCACUUUUCUUGUUCCAACAGUUGGCUGGAAUCAAUGCUGUGGUAUAUUAUUCUACUUCUGUGUUCCGGAGUGCUGGAAUUGCUUCUGAUGUUGCCGCCAGCGCUCUGGUUGGUGCAGCUAAUGUUUUUGGCACAGCCGUUGCUUCAUCCUUGAUGGACAAACAAGGACGGAAAAGUCUUCUUAUGACGAGCUUUGGUGGAAUGGCUGCUUCUAUGUUGCUUCUUUCUGUGUCUUUUACUUGGAAUGUCCUUGCACCAUAUUCUGGCACACUUGCUGUCCUUGGAACUGUUCUCUAUGUCUUAUCCUUCUCUCUUGGUGCUGGUCCCGUGCCUGGCCUUCUUCUACCUGAAAUAUUUGCUUCCAGAAUAAGAGCAAAAGCGGUUGCUUUGUCGUUUGGCAUGCAUUGGAUCUCCAACUUCGCCAUCGGCCUCUUUUUCUUGAGUGUUGUGAACAAAUUUGGUAUCAGCUCUGUAUACUUAGGGUUUGCAGCCGUCUGUCUUCUUGCUGUCAUGUACAUAGCUGGCAAUGUUGUCGAAACAAAGGGUCGAUCACUGGAGGAAAUAGAACGAGCUCUUAAUCCAUCAAUUUAAGAACUUCCCCAGAUUUUCAUCUUAUCAGAGUCUAAAUGCUGCACAUGGACUUUUUCGGCAACUCCCUUUGCUCCGCAGGAUAACCAUUGGUCUGCCAUUAGUGAUUGCCAGAGGCUAACUCAAGAUUAUGCCACAGUUUUGCUCGUGGAAAUAACAGAACCAUCCAUUGUCAACUUUGGUGAGCAUCUAUGUUAAUGGUCACAAUUUUAUGUUUAAUAGAUAUUAGCCAGCGAGAACAUUCUCACUUCUAUUGGCAGAUUGAACAACUAGAGUGUCCCGCUUCAAAGUUGUGAAUUAUAAUUAUGCUUGCAUGUGUGAUUUACCCUUCAUAAUAAUGAAAGCGUUGUGAUUUUGAAAAUAACAAGACUCUAAGCAUAGAUUGUUUGUUAA